AUGGUGAUGCCGUUCUUACGUGAGGCCUGGCCUCAGACCGCCAACUACGAAGAAAACCACCACGACCACUGCCGGGGCCCGCGUCCUGAGCUCUCUCCUCCGAAGGACAUUGAGGAGGGGAACUGCGUGGGUGCGCAGGAGAAAGGCACUCUUUCUUUGCUGAAAGUUAACUCAGAAAAGGUACCUUCUCCCCACCCCACCCAUGGCGAUGAAAUUGAUUUCACAACUGGAGAUGCUGGGGCUUCCAGCACAUACCCUAUGCAGUGCUCAGCUCUGCGCAAAAACGGCUUCGUGGUGCUCAAGGGACGUCCAUGCAAAAUAGUAGAGCUGUCAACUUCCAAAACUGAAAAGCACGGCCAUGCCAAGGUUCACCUUGUUGGAAUUGAUCUUUUCACAGGCAAAAAAUAUGAAGAUAUUUGCCCUCCCACUCACAACAUGGAUGUUCCAAAUAUGAAGAGAAAUGAUUAUCAACUGAUAUGCAUUUGGAAUGGUUACCUUUCCCUGCUGUCAGAAACUGGUGAAGUUCAUGAGGAUCUUAAGCUGCCAGAAGGUGAACUAGGCAAAGAAAUAGAAGAAAAAUUAGGUGAAGAUAUACAGGUGCCUGUCACGUGUACAAUGAGUGAAGAAUAUUCUGUAGCCAUAAAGUCCUGCAAAUAA